AAUGUCCGCAACCUACGUCUUUUUGGAAAAUGUUUCCUAGAAAGUGAAGGUCAAUUACCAAAAUAUCUAAGUAUCCUAGAGAAGGGGCUUCUACCAAUUUUUUCACGAAAUCCACCAAAGUUUAUGAAAUGGGACGGUCAAGAGUUUAACUUACUUUCGACAAAGGAAUCGACUUCUUCUACAGAACGUGAAUCGAAUGAAAGGUUUUGUUUUUGGAAAGAAGUCUUGAAAAGUAUGAGUGGAUCUGGAAUAGUAGUGAGUGCUAGUGAUCAACAAGUAACUGAGGUGAUGAAUUUGCUUAAAGUUCUUCGUUUUCUUGAAAAUGAAUUACCAAUUCAAAUAGUUCAUAAGGGGGAUCUUAAUCGGGAUUCUCAAAAAAGGAUUAUAGAAAUCGGGAGAGGUGUAGACACUCCUCAUGACAAAUUCAAACAAAACGUUUGGUUUGUUGAUGUAUCCAAUUGCUUACACAUAGAUCAUUUGAAUAAAUUUACUAGAUUCAAGAACAAAUGGCUCUCUGUUUUGUUCUCCUCAUUCGAGGAAAUCAUUUUAAUGGAUGCCGACACGGUUCCUUUGGUGAAACCUAGUACACUUCUACAGAACGAAAAGUAUAAAAGAUCUGGAGCGCUUUUCUUUAAGGAUAGGGCGUUAAGUGAAACAAUAUGGUCUUCAGAGGUGUACCUUUAUAAGUCCUUACUUCCAAAUAAUUUAGAACAAAGAGUGUUUGGAACUGCACUUCAAACUAAAACAAUCUUCGAAAAUACCUUU